AUGGGAGCCUCAACUACGGACGAAGUCGCCCCCGCCUACGAGGAAGUCUUCAGGCAACCAUCAACCCGUCCAGCAGGGUACACCCGCGUCGCUUUCGACGAUGCUGAAGAGCUUGACCUCGAGCGCGAUUCUCACCAGCACGACGCCUCCCUCAGCGCCGAGCUGGGGCAACCCAAUACCGACGGCAAGCCUCACACACACUGCGAGGAAUGUGAUCGCCAGUUGGAUCGACGGGAGAGACGAAAGAGCAAGGAGCAUUGUUGUACGAUGCUCGCGCGGACGUUCAUGUCGAUCACGCUGUUCCUGGUGAUCUUUGGGAUUGUUGCUGUGCUUUCGACGACGAGGAGCCAUUAG